UAGUCUGUAGAGGAUGCCAAAUGAGAGAAUCCCCUACUCAAGUCAAACUCAGGAGCAAGAUUGUUUACAGAGUCAACAUGUCAAUAAUAAUGAAGAAAUGGCAACCAAGCAAGAAAUUGGUGGUGAUGCGAGAGUGGAGGAAUGCCUCCCCUCUCGCUCCCCUGACGAUGGGCCAUCCGCCUCUGCUGAGGGGUGUGCAUCAGCAGCUCCAAGGAGGGCGCAGGCCCUGCUGCACAUCGACAGACAUCAGAUCCAGGCAGUGGAGCCUAGUGCGCAGGCCCCCGAACUGCAGGGUUUGGGCGUGGAUGUCUAUGACCAGGACGUGCUAGAGCAGUGUGUGCUUCAGCAGGUGGACAAUGCAAUCCAUGAGGCCAGCCGUGUGGCCCAGCUUGCUGACGCAGAGAAGGAGUAUCAGUCAGUCAUGGAUGACCUCACGUCAUGUAUGACAUCCCUAAGGCAAAUCAAUAAAAUUAUUGAACAACUUAGCCCUCAGGCUGCCACCAACAGAGACGUCAACAGGAAACUAGAUUCUGUAAAACGACAGAAGUAUAAUAAGGAACAACAGCUAAAAAAGAUCACUGCAAAACAAAAACGUCUCCAGGCCAUCCUUGGAGGAGCAGAGGUAAAAGUUGAACUAGACCAUGCCAGUCUGGAGGAGGAGGAUGCAGAAGCGGGGCCGUCCUGUCUUGGCAGCAUGCUCAUGCCUGUCCAGGAGACUGCCUGGGAAGAGCUCAUCCGCACUGGCCAGAUGACACCUUUUGGUACCCAGAUCCCUCAGAAACAGGAGAAAAAGCCUAGAAAAAUAAUGCUCAAUGAAGAGUCAGGCUUUGAAAAAUAUUUGGCAGAUCAAGCAAAGCUGUCUUUUGAAAGGAAGAAGCAAGCUUCUAAUAAAAGAGCAGCUAGAAAAGCUCCAACUUCAGUCACGCCUGAGUUGAACCCAACACAAACCGACAACAAACCAAACAAGAAAACCAAGGUUCUUUCUAAAACAGAUAAGCGCUUGAAAAAGCACAUCAAGAAACUCCAGAAGAGGGCUCUGCAGUUCCAGGGGAAAGUGGGAUUGCCAAGGGGAAAGAAACCGUGGGAGUCAGAUGUGAGGCCAAAGGCAGAGGGGGACUCUGAGAGUGAAGAGUCCGAGUACUUCCCCACCGAGGAGGAGGGUGACGACGAGGCGGAUUGGGCAGAGGCGGACCUGUCCAGAGAUGGCACCGACUAUGAGCUGAGGCCUGUGCUCAAGGGCCAGAAACGGCAGAAGAAAGUCUCAGUGCAGGAGAUUGAUGAUGACUUUUUCCCAAGUUCUGGGGAAGAAGCUGAAGCCACAGGAGGAGGAGGAGCGGGUUGGAAAGUGGCGAGAUGCCGAGACGAUGGAGAUGAAGAUUAUUAUAAGCAGCGGUUAAGGAGAUGGAAUAAAUUGAGACUGCAGGACAAAGAGAAGCGUCUGAAACUAGAAGAUGAUUCUGAGGAAAGCGAUGCCGAGUUCGACGAAGGUUUUAAAGUGCCGGGUUUUCUGUUCAAAAAGCUUUUUAAGUAUCAGCAGACAGGUGUUAGGUGGCUGUGGGAAUUGCACUGCCAGCAGGCAGGAGGAAUUCUGGGAGACGAAAUGGGAUUGGGCAAGACCAUCCAGAUAAUUGCCUUCUUGGCAGGUCUGAGCUACAGCAAGAUCAGGACUCGUGGUUCAAAUUACAGGUUUGAGGGGUUGGGUCCAACUGUAAUUGUCUGUCCAACAACGGUGAUGCAUCAGUGGGUGAAAGAAUUUCACACGUGGUGGCCUCCGUUCAGAGUGGCAAUUCUACAUGAAGCUGGUUCCUGUACCCACAAAAAGGAGAAACUAAUUCGAGAUAUUGCUCAUUGUCAUGGGAUUUUGAUCACAUCUUACUCCUACAUUCGACUGAUGCAGGAUGACAUGAGCAGGUAUGACUGGCACUAUGUGAUCUUGGAUGAAGGACACAAAAUUCGAAAUCCAAAUGCUGCUGUCACCCUUGCUUGCAAACAGUUCCGCACCCCUCAUCGGGUCAUCUUGUCUGGCUCACCAAUGCAAAAUAACCUCCGAGAGCUGUGGUCCCUCUUUGACUUUGUCUUCCCUGGAAAGUUAGGCACAUUGCCUGUGUUUAUGGAGCAGUUCUCUGUCCCCAUCACCAUGGGGGGAUAUUCAAAUGCUUCACCGGUACAGGUUAAAACUGCUUAUAAGUGUGCAUGUGUCUUACGAGAUACCAUAAAUCCAUACCUACUGCGGAGAAUGAAGUCAGAUGUCAAGAUGAGCCUGUCUUUGCCGGAUAAAAAUGAACAGGUCUUAUUUUGCCGUCUCACAGAUGAGCAGCAUAAAGUCUACCAAAAUUUCGUUGAUUCCAAAGAAGUGUACAGGAUUCUCAAUGGAGAGAUGCAGAUUUUCUCUGGACUUAUUGCCCUAAGAAAAAUUUGCAACCACCCUGAUCUCUUUUCUGGAGGUACCAAGAAUCUCAAAGGUCUUCCAGAAGAUGAACUAGAAGAAGAUCAGUUUGGAUACUGGAAACGUUCUGGGAAAAUGAUUGUCGUUGAGUCUUUGUUGAAAAUAUGGCACAAGCAGGGUCAGCGAGUGUUGCUGUUUUCUCAGUCAAGACAGAUGCUGCACAUACUUGAAGUAUUCCUUAGAGCCCAAAGGUAUUCCUACCUCAAGAUGGAUGGUACCACCACAAUCGCUUCAAGACAACCACUGAUUGCAAGAUACAAUGAGGACAGAUCCAUAUUUGUGUUUCUUCUGACCACUCGGGUGGGCGGCCUCGGCGUUAACCUGACGGGGGCAAACAGAGUCAUCAUCUAUGACCCUGACUGGAACCCAAGCACAGACACGCAGGCCCGGGAGCGAGCGUGGAGAAUAGGCCAGAAGAGGCAGGUGACUGUGUACAGGCUGCUGACCGCGGGCACCAUUGAAGAGAAGAUCUACCACCGACAAAUCUUCAAGCAGUUUUUGACAAAUAGAGUGCUAAAAGAUCCAAAACAAAGGCGGUUUUUCAAAUCCAAUGACCUUUAUGAGCUGUUUACUCUGACUAGUCCCGAUGCAUCCCAGAGCACUGAAACAAGUGCUAUUUUUGCAGGAACUGAUUCAGAUGUUCAGACACCCAAACGCCAUUUAAAAAGAAAAAUCCAAACAGCCUUUGGAACAGACCAUGAUGCUCCAAAAUGCAAAAAGUUCCCUGAUUCUAGUACAUCUGCAAAUGAUGCCACAUCAUCUGAAAAGAAAUCUGAGGCUGUAGGCGCCAAAGUAAUUGCACUGACUUCUGAUCAAGGUGAUCUUUUGAAAGGUGACCCUCACAUGAGCAGUACUGUAACUAGCAGCAGUAGGCCUGGAGAAGAGACAGGCGCGGUGUCUACACCAGAGAAGUCACCAGUGGUUAGUGGAGAUGGGGGAUGUUCGCAUUCUUCCGGAAUCGGCAGUAUGUCCAGGCCGUCUGGUGAGGAAAGCACCGAUGAAAAGCAGGGUCUCUCUGAUGAAAGAGAAAGCUGCCAGGGUCAGACGGAACCUCUCUGGGAGAAUGAACAAAUGGAAAAUAAUUUCUGUAAGCAUAAGUCAAAAACAAAACAUCAGAAUGUGGCAGAAGCAGAGACCCUGGAGAAACAUGUGAGACCAAAGCAAAAGCCUAGGAACUCUAAGCAUCGCAGAGACGCCAGGUUUGAAGGAACGAGGAUUCCACACCUGGUGAAGAAAAGGCAGUACCAGAAGCAAGAUGAAGAGAACAGGAGUGAGGCCAAGGAACAGAGCAAUGACGAUUACGUUUUGGAAAAGCUUUUCAAAAAAUCAGUUGGUGUGCACAGUGUCAUGAAGCACGAUGCCAUUAUGGAUGGAGCCAGCCCAGAUUAUGUGCUGGUGGAGGCAGAAGCCAAUCGAGUGGCCCAGGACGCCUUGAAAGCUCUGCGGCUCUCUCGUCAGCGGUGUCUGGGAGCAGGGUCUGGGGUUCCCACCUGGACUGGCCACAGGGGGAGUUCUGGUGCUCCAGCAGGGCUAAAGAGUAGAUUUGGUCAGAAAAGGAAUUCUAAAUUUUCUGUGCAGCAUCCUUCUUCAGCGUCCCCAGCAGAGAAGUUCCAGGGUGGCGCAGCGAAACAGGAAGGAAAAGGUCACGUUCCUGAGCAUUUUAGCGGAAGAGCAGAAGAUGCUGAGCCUUCAUCUGGGGCCCUCCCCUCCUCCUCACUCUUGGCUACAAUGAGAGCUAGAAACCACCUGAUUCUGCCAGCGCGGUUGGAAAGUGAAAGUGGCCACCUUCAAGAGGCUCCGGCCCCGAUGCUCACCACAGAACAUGACGCCCUUCUGGUGGAAAUGAGAAACUUCAUUGCUUUUCAGGCCCACGUCGAUGGCCAGGCCAGCACGAGGGAGAUACUGCAGGAGUUUGAAUCCAAGCUGUCUGUGUCUCAGUCGUGCGUCUUCCGAGAGCUGUUGAGAAAUCUGUGCACUUUUCAUAGAACUUCUGGUGGUGAAGGAAUUUGGAAACUCAAGCCAGAGUACUGCUGACCAACGUUGCUUCCUAAACUUGCGGUUCACUUUUUCUAGGGGAGAUUUCUGAUUAUUAAUUGAAUUAAUAAUCAUGUUUGUUGACUGAAGUUGGCUGCACUUAAGGUUUACUUUGCAUGACAUCUACCUCAAAAUUAAAACUGUAAGGAAGAAGAAA